UUAAAAAAAUUUUUGAAUAAGUUGUGUUUUAAUAAAAUUUUGGUAACAAAAGCUCCCAAAAUUGUGAAUAAUUAUCUUUUUGGCGAUACUAUUGGUGAAGGUUCGUAUGGUAAAGUGAAGGAGGUUUUAGAAGUGCACAGUCUUGUAAGGAAGGCUGUAAAAAUCAUUAAAUUUAGUCGUUUGCGAAAAAUUCCCAAUGGUCGGGCAAAUGUGGAGCAAGAGUUGAGGAUAUUGAAUCGUGUGCAACACCAUAAUGUCAUUUCAUUAUGUGAUUUAUUUCGUGAUGACGAAAAGCAGAAGCUAUAUAUAAUAAUGGAUUAUUGCACGGGAUCUCUGCAACAGAUGUUGGACGGUUCUGAAGAAAAAAAGCUGCCACUUUUUCAAGCACAUAGUUUUUUCACACAACUCAUUGAUGGUCUUAAUUAUCUGCACGCUCAUGGUGUUAUUCACAAAGAUAUAAAACCUGGGAAUUUACUCUUGACGCUUGAUGGUGUGUUAAAGAUCAGUGAUUUUGGAGUGGCAGAAUUGCUAGAUGUUUACAGGAGUGAUGAUUGGUGCAAAAUUAUUCAAGGAACACCAAAGUUUCAACCACCUGAAAUAGUAUCAGGAAAUGAAAAUGAUAUAUCAUUUUACAGUGGCAAGAAAGUGGACAUUUGGGCAUGUGGUGUGACCCUUUACAAUCUCAUCAGUGGUGAAUAUCCUUUUGAAGGAGAUGUUAUCAUGCAUCUGUUUGAUAAUAUUGCAAAUCAACCUUUGCAAAUGCCUAAAAACACAAAUGUCCCAUUUUCACUGAAAGAAUUACUUGUAAGAAUGUUAGAAAAAGAUCCGGAGAAGAGGAUCAGCAUUCACGAAAUAUUCCGAUGCGAUUGGUUUAGAUAUAGUUAUGAAGAUUCCGCACGAAUUAAUAUCCCUGUUUGUAAUAACAUGCCUGCUCAUCGUCCUCUUAGUGUAUAUGUUGCUCUUGAGCAAAUGUACGGUGUAGUCGAAGAAACUGAAUCAGCUACUGAAUCGGAAAUUGCGCCACAUGUUAUUACUCCAACAGAUGGUGGAUGUGUUCAUGUAUCAAAUGUUGAUGGUCAGACAGAUCCUGUGGCUGAUUCCAAGCGUAAUAAAAGCAUGUAA